UUUCGAUCUGGGAAUUGAAACGGCAUCUCAGACAGUCGGAUCUGCUGCACCUGGCACCUGCACAGACAUCUCGAGCUCCUCCUCCCAGCCAUCUGGUACCCACUCGUGUCCACCCCCAGCCUGCAGAGCUGUCUGGCCCGGCUGACGGCCCCGCUUCUUCGGUCCGCAUUCGAUCGCUACCCACAGGCUGCGACUUGAUUACUCCGUACUGUGUAUAUCAUCACCCUCGCCGUCCUCACGGUCUGUCCUACGUCAAGGCAGCAAGUUCACGGGAACCAAAGCCAUGGACAACAUGUCCAAGGGGGCCACUGCGGGCCAAACACCCAACCAUCUUUUCCAGGUGUACCUGCGCCUGCGCCCACCCCAGGCCGGCGCAGCAACAGCAGACCGUUUCCUGGCGGUCGAGCCUCCUCCAGCCCACGCCGAAUCCACGGCACCGACCCACAUCACUCUCAACCCCCCAAACGAUCGAAGGCGCGCCGUCGAGAAGUUUGCCUUCACCCAGGUCUUCACCGAGGAUGCCACCCAGCUCGACGUCUUUCAUUGCACCAAUGUUGUUGCCUUGGUGGAGGGCGUCUUGGCUCCUCACGGCGGCGAUGGCACUGAUGCACUUCUAGCAACCCUGGGCGUCAGCGGGUCCGGCAAGUCACACACGAUCCUCGGUUCACGCUCACAGCGCGGAAUGACCCAGUUGUCCCUGGACGUCAUCUUCCGAUCCAUUGGCAAGAACAUCGUCGACUUGGACACCAAGCCCGAGCUGGAGGCUUCCAUCAAUGCAUCUGAUGCCUCCGAGGCAUCCAUAUCCUCCGCAUCUGCAUUCAUUGAAUCUGUCUACGGGGACCCUUCAGGUGCCCCACGCCCCUCCUCCCGGGCACCAACACCUCUUGGCGACUCCAUUCCACCGACACCUCGAAAGCUUUUGAGCCGGCCCUUCGCGCUGCCUCAGGUCCCCGACAUCAGCACCGUCAAUGUCUCAUCGGACCCUGCAGCAGAAUAUGUUGUUUUGGUCUCCAUGUACGAGGUCUACAACGACCGGAUUUUUGACCUGUUGACUCCUCCGGUCAAAUCCUUAGCAACAAAAGAAUUUCGACGGCGGCCCCUCAUCUUCAAGUCCACCGAACAAUCCCCUGACAGGAAGCUGGUCGCUGGUCUGCGCAAGGUCAUCUGCCGCGACCUCAACCAGGCACUCAUGGUUCUCGAGGCCGGUUUGCAUGAGCGAAGGGUGGCCGGUACCGGCAGCAACAGUGCUAGCUCACGCAGCCACGGCUUCUUCAACGUCGAGGUCAAGAAGCGGCCAAAGUCCAGCAGCAAGCGGCACCGAUAUCCUUGGGCAGGGAGUACGCUCACAAUUGUUGACCUCGCCGGUAGUGAGAGGGCUCGAGACGCAAAGACGGCCGGCGCAACACUUGCUGAAGCAGGGAAGAUCAACGAGAGUCUAAUGUAUCUCGGCCAGUGCCUGCAGAUGCAGAGCGAUGUCGGUGGCAAUAGCAAGCAGGGCGUCGUGCCGUUCCGGCAAUGCAAGCUUACUGAGCUUCUAUUCUCAAACUCCUUUCCAUCCCCAUCAUCUUUGAGUCAAUCCCAAUCAAUCCGCCGAAAUCCACAAAAGGCCGUGAUGAUUGUGACUGCGGACCCCCACGGCGACUUCAAUGCGACUUCACAAAUCCUCCGAUAUAGCGCCCUCGCCCGCGAGGUGACUGUGCCACGCAUACCGUCCAUAACAGAAACGAUCCUACAGGCAAAUGCUGCUCAUGCAUACGCGGCUAGCCAGAGCUCUGGCAGCAGGAACUCGAAUCAAGCCCAGUCAUGCAACAGCCCACUCUCGUCUCCGGCCCAGCAGUUUCAGCGGCCACCGUUCUUCCCUCCAGGAGCGACGAGUCCAAGUUUAUAUCGGACUAUUACGCCGCAUAGCGUCACCCCGUCCGAAGACCGCGUCACUAUGGAAAACGCCGCUCUGGAGAUUGCGCGGCUUGCUGAGGAAACAAACCACCUCCGCGAGGCAUUGGCGCGUGCCCAAGAGGCUCGGCUAUCGGCCGAGGCGCAUGCGAUGACCAUGGAAGACAAGAUGCUCGAGCUUGAGCAAGCUGUUCGCGAAGACUGCGCCGCAGAAUACGAAGAACGCCUCGCUGUGGAGAUCUCGCGAGGGAAGGCGGCCAUGCAGAUGGAAGCCGAGAGGGGCCAGGAGCAUUGGGACCGAAAGUUGGAGGUAUUCGAGAGGAGCCUGGAGACGCACCAAGCUGUGGCUGAGCCCAGUGACGACGAAAGCAUCGUCAACAAGGAAAACGUAUUGGUCGAAAGCCUGGAACAGGAGAACGCACGAUUGCGCCGUGAAGUCAUGGUUCUGAAGAGGGAACUUGCUGGGCGCACUCCCAGUAAACGAGCCCCGCUGGCUGAGAGGGAGGACUUUGCUACAAGUGCAAAUAGCAGCCCUCGGUCAUUACAUUCGGGCCGUGCUGGACGCAAGGUUAACGAGAAUAUCCAGCCGGAAUGCCUUCAGAGACGGAUGGAAAGUCUCAGUCUGCGAGAGGGGCAAGAGGACCUGAGAAAGGUAGCGAGUGCCAACAAAAGCCGGGCAAAUAGCAGGAGCCGUGCCGAACCCGGUGGCAGUCCGGUCAAACGAGUCCGGUCUCGGAAGUUGACUGCAAGGAAGUGGGAAAAUGUCUUGGGCGAUGAAGAUGAUAUCUUCUGAAGGAGGUCUGAUGCAUUCCACCUGCCACCUGCCAUCUGAUGCUCUGAGCCAAGCUGCUAGGUGCUUACAGCUGAGCAACCCCCGAACUUCAACUUUCCUUUUAUGUUUGACCUUGACGAGCCAUGAUUGGCAUGUGUCAGAAAGUGUCAAAAUCAACAAUGGACACACUGGUUGGUAAAAAAUGGUAAUGAAACGCACAACUUUUGGUAUGGGUGGGCUUGGUUGGACAGGUAGGGUAAUGAUGCUACGACGCCACGAAGGAUACCCAAGACAUGAUUCCCGAGAGGAUUGGUUUGGUCAGUAUAUUGACGGUUUUUGAGGGCUGCACCUAGCCUGCCUUUGUUCUAAUGAUCUUGUACUAGAGUUAUGAAUGUUUUGGGCGUGCAGCUCUCAGGGCGUUCAUGCAAAUUGUGUGCGUCCGCAGCCUGGUUCUCAAUUCAAAUGACCAUUACGUCUGAGAA